AUGCUUGGAGCUAAGCCAGUAAAGGUACCUAUGGAUCAGAACCUAAAGUUGGGGAAGAAUACAGGAAAAGCUCUGCUUGAUGCAACACUUCACAGAAAAUUGAUCGAAAAAUUGAUUCCACAAGGUAAUCAAAUAUCUGAAGCUUGCUCCAGGCAAGGUAUUCUAUUUUCUUCUUCAUCUUUAUUGAUUCUUCGAGCCUUUUGCGACUCUGAUUGGGCUGCGUGCCCUGAUUAUCGAAGAUCAGUAACUGGUUACUGUAUUUUCCUUGAUGAUUCAUUGAUCUCAUGGAAGUACAAAAAGCAAACUGUAGUGUCUCGUUCAUCUGAUGGGCGGAGUAUAGAUCUAUGGCCAGCACUUGCUGCUGCAUUGCACAUUGCUUCCAACCCGGUAUUCCAUGAGAGGACUAAGCAUAUAGAGUUGGACUGUCACUUGAUCAGAGACCAAAUCGGAUCUGGAUGCAUUUCUACAUCUUAUAUUCACACUCAAUCACAGCUUGCUGACAUGUUUACCAAGGCAUUGUCUUCUGUCACCUUGCGGGCUCAACUGUCCAAGAUGGGAAUAGCAAAUAUCUAUUUUCCACCUUGA